AUGCGUCAGCCAUCUCGUCAGGAACUCGACUACUUCAGCCAACAAGUUAUGGCUGGGAGAAGGAACAACAACAACGGAGAGAUGGGUGGUCAGAACAACCAGUUCCUAGAAGGACUUACAGCACUCCUACAUGAACAGAACCGCAUUCAUGGGGAACAAAUUCAACAAAUACUGCAGGCUAGGGAGCAGGGGAGCACACCCAGACGUUCUGCACCUAGCACGCAACCGCUCACAGAUGCGGACAAAGUCAGGUUUGCGAUAUUCAUGCUCCGGGAUGAUGUUCGAGUAUGGUGGGAGGGUGCGCGGCUGACUGUAGAUCUGGCUACUUUGACUUGGACUGAUUUUAAGGAGGUAUUCUAUGGAAAGUAUUUCACAGUUGACAACAGGACACGGCUGGCACGGGAAUUCUUGGAGCUUCGUCAGGGAGAUUUGUCAGUGGCGGAGUAUGUCAGGAGAUUCGAGAGAGGACGCUAUUUCAUACCUAUGAUUACUAGCCAACCAGUCGAGGAGCUGAAGCAAUUUACAGAAGGUUUGAGGCCGGCUAUUCGCCAUGAUGUCAGGCUGAGUCGGGUCACCACAUUCCGAGAAGCUGUUGACCAGGCAUUGAUGUCCGAAAGAGACAGAAAUGACAUGAUCAAGGAAGCUCAAAACAAGAGACUAAGUUAUCAGGGACGGGAUCAACAGGAGACGGGGAAGAAGAAGACAAUUCCUGGUCAGAAUUCAGGAAAGCAGCCGUUUAAGCAAGCACAACCGCGUCAGCAAAUUCAGAAGGCACAAGCAGCUGAAGGCACUGGUUCCAGGGUCGAAAACAAGGUUCGUUGUUCCAAGUGCGAGAAGAUUCAUGCUGGGCAGUGCUUAACAGGUACAGAUGCGUGCUUUAUGUGUAAGAAGUCAGGACACUUUGCGAGGGAAUGCCCACUGCUCAGGGAGCCAACCAAAGGAAGAGUAUUUGCGAUGACACAAGAGCAUGUGGAUCUGGACACGGCUAUUAUCACAGGUAUGAUUUAUGUUGCCAAUAUUCCAGCCCAUGCAUUAAUAGAUUCCGGAGCUACACAUUCCUUUAUAUCUGAGGCCUAUCUCACAAAACUGGGCAUUAUACCUGAAUGA